CUCGAGCAGCGUUGCGCGGUCCGGGCAGCGUCGGCGGCGCCGCCCCCCUCGCCUCGCCUCUCUGCCGCGCGCCGGCGCCAAGAGGCAGCCCGCGCCAAGGCAGAGGCAGCCGGCAGAGCCAUGCGAGCCAUGCCGCAGAAGGGUUCCGCCCUGCCAGACCGGGUGGUGACUGCCAGCCAGCCGUUCGUGAUAACGGAACAGACUGCGCCCAGGAAGCAGCUGCAUGACUGCUCACCAUCAACCGAGCAGGCUGGCUCCGGCACUGGCACCAACACGUCCAGCGACUGGAUGCAGGGCCCUCCGUGGAGCCGCCAGGGAUCCGCCGUCGCCGGCGAGCUUCUGCCGAGCUGCCGCAAUGAGGUGGCGGGAGGCCUCGGCAAGCUCUGCGGCUCGACCUGCUCCAGCAGCAGCUGCAGCCAGGGAGCCGCGCAGAAUUCCUCUGUCUCGGCCCAGCCUGGUGGUGGCGUACACCAGUGA